UGAAACCAUUCUUUAGAGAUUAUUUUCCAAUUAUUGAAUCAAUAAUUUCAUCUCAUCAAAUUUCAAAGAGAGCCGGAGUUCUCAAAAUUCGAACCCAAAACAUGAAAAUACUAGUAGCUGGUGGAGCGGGGUUCCUAGGGUCUAACCUCGUUGAACAUCUCCUCAAAGAAGGACACAAUGUGGUCCUUCUAGAUGCGUUCGUCAAUGGCCUGGAGGGCACUAUCAGUCACCUGAUUGCCUCCCCGAACCUCACGGUUCUUCGACAGGAUAUAGCAGAACCUCUUAACGACCUUUAUGUUGAUCAGAUUUAUCACUUGGCAUGUCCAGCAAGUCCAAAGCAUUAUCAGCGCGACCCAAUAAAGACGCUGCGGACCUGCUAUGUUGGCACGGAAAACUUGCUUAAAUGUGCAUUGCGAUGCAGCGCACGAUUGUUGUUCUCUAGCACAUCUGAGGUCUACGGAAAUCCUCUCAUAUGCCCACAACCCGAAUCUUACUUCGGCAACGUAAAUCCAUACGGGCCAAGAUCCUGCUACGAUGAAGGCAAACGAGUAGCUGAGGCAAUGUGUUAUGCGUACCAGCAGAGCCACAACAUCGACAUUCGUAUUGCUCGGAUAUUCAACGCCUACGGUCCUGGCAUGCCAGCCUCAGACGGUCGCGUGGUAUCUAACUUCAUUGCCGCCGCGAUGAAGUGCCAGCCUAUCAACAUAACGGGUGAUGGUUCUGCAGUUCGAUGCUUUCAAUACGUGACGGAUUGCAUUUCUGGACUUACCAAACUCAUGGCUAGUGAUUAUUGCCAACCGAUAAAUAUUGGAAAUGACUCUCUUUGUCGGAUCGACCACCUCGCACAUGUUGUGGUGGAUUUGGUUAAGAAGAAUAGAUUUCGAGUCCUUGAUGAUCCUAUCAGGUAUUCUGCAAUGCCGGUUGAUGAUCCAGUCCAAAGGCAACCCGACAUCACGUUGGCUAAGGAGGUGUUAAACUGGACACCAGUUGUCAGUCUUGAGGAAGGCAUUCAAAAGACUAUUGACUGGUUCCUCUCUACUCAAGACUCCGAAGUGAAAGGUGCGAGCACCCGAGCUGCCACAACAGAAAAACAGUCCAAAGCCGUACCGUUCAACAUCCCUCCCAUCAUCGGAACCGAACUGGCCAACAUACGAACAGCAAUUCAGAACGAAAGUCUCUCCGGCGCCGGCACCUUCUCUCGCAACUGCGAGAAAUGGCUCCAGGAAACCCUCCAAUGUGGCCCCGUAACACUAACAGCUUCCGGAACCACCGCCCUCGAAAUGGCAGCACUAGUCCUAGGCAUCCAACCCGGCGACGAGGUCAUCAUGCCAAGCUACACCUACGUUUCCACCUCCAACGCCUUCAUCCUCCGCGGCGCGGCGAUUGUAUUCGUGGAUAUCAGACCCGAUAACAUGAAUAUCGAUGAAACCAAAAUCGAAGCCGCCAUCACGAGUAAGACUCGAGCGAUCGUACCAGUUCAUUAUGCAGGUAAUGCAUGUGAAAUGGACUCGAUCAUGGCACUCGCCAAAAAGCACAAGCUAAUGGUUGUGGAAGAUGCAGCACAAGCAUUGCUUUCGACGUACAAGGGCAGAGCGCUUGGGAGUAUUGGUCAUAUUGGAUGUGUCAGUUUUCACGAAUCUAAGAACGUGACUUCGGGGGGUCAAGGUGGGGCUGUGUUGAUUAAUGAUGUGUCGUUGAGAGAUAAGGCGGAUUUAGUAGCGGAGAAGGGAACGGAUCGGAGUGCGUUUUUGAAGGGUGGGAGGAAGGCGUAUACGUGGCAAUGUAUUGGUUCUAGUUUCUGCAUGAGUGAGAUUCAGGCGGCGUAUCUUUGGAGUCAGCUACAAUGUGCUGAGGGCAUGGUGACGGAGAGAAUGAGGCUAUGGAGUCGUUAUCAAGUAUUGUUACGAAGUCUUGGUGAGAAAGGAUGGCUGGUAUUACCGGGCGUGGAAGGAGAGGGCAGGCAUAAUGCUCAUAUUUUCUACUUGAGGCUAAAAGAUGCGGAGGAAUGCGGGAGAUUUGUGGGGUAUAUGAAGGGCAGUGGGAUUAGUAUUUUGUGUCAUUACAGCGCCCUUCAUGCCUGCGAGCCGGGGAAACGGUUUGGGAGAUUUAAAGGAGAAGAUCGCUUUACGACGAGGGAAAGUGAACGGCUUGUACGCUUGCCGCUUUUUCGUGGUAUGGGAGAGGAUAUUCAGGAUAGAGUUGUGAGAGGAAUUGAGGCAUUCUUUGGUACAAAGCAUGGAGGUGUGAGGCUGUAAGGAACAAGAAACAGAUUCAAUCAUUUAAUGGGGAGAAUAUCAAAUGUCGUGAGCCUUUGACACCCCAUUCUUUUGCUCUAACGAGUGGUUGAG